AUGGCGGAGCCAUUUGAUAUCCCCGACUCCACGGAUUGGCUAAAUACGCCACUUUUACUACUUGCGCCGCUGGAGAACUCUCUACGAUGCCAAAUCUGCAAGGACUUCUUCGAUAAUCCUGUUCUCACUUCUUGCUCACAUACAUUUUGCUCACUAUGCAUUCGUCGAUGCCUCAGUAACGAGGGCAGGUGUCCUACAUGCCGCCUCCAGGACCAAGAACUGAAGCUACGGCGGAACUGGAUCGUGCAGGAAUUGGUGGAGCAGUUCCAGAACGCGCGUGAACCCAUGCUCUCGCUUGCACGGAAGGAAGCGGCACGCCUUACGAAUGGAGGAGACGAUAUUCAACAGCCCGCGCCCAAGAAGCGAAGGGUUGGCUUUUUGGACCAAGACGAGGAGGCCGAAGCAGCGGAUCCAGGUUCGCAGCGAAUGCGCACUAGAUCACGCGGCGUGAAAGUGGAAGUGGCGAUGCAAGAGGAGGAGCCGGAGGUUAUUGAGGAUAGCCAGGAUGAUGACGAGGAUUUUGUUCCAGAGGAUGGACUUUUCAGUUGUCCUCUCGGAUGUGGUCGUAGGAUGAAAGAAGCGGUGAUGUUCACCCACCUUGAUGUCUGUACCGGACAAAAAGCUCCAAGUCCAGCUAAACCGGCAACCUUUGGAUCUUUACAACCCCAACGACACGCCACCCAGAAUUUCAUUGACCCACCCGAAAGACUCCCUGCCAUAAAUUACUCUUUGUUGAAAGAUGGCCAAUUGAAAAAAAAGUUUCGAGAGCUAGGCAUCCCGGACUGGGGAUCGAGGGCGCUCUUGCAGCGACGUCAUACUGAGUGGAUGAAUCUUUGGAACGCCAACUGCGACUCACGGAACCCCAAACCAAAAAGGGAGCUUCUGAAUGAGCUUAAGAUCUGGGAGAAGACACAAGGAGGGGCGCAAACACCAUUCGCAUCGGCUGCGGAUGAGAUUACACGCAAGGAUUUUGACAGAGAGAAGUGGUCUUCAAGUCACGAUGAUGAUUUCAAGCGUCUAAUCGCAAAUGCGCGUAAGAAGAGUGAUGCUCAAAUAAGGUCCACCAUCCCUGGAGCUUUAGCAGCUUCAGAGGACAAUGUGCCGGCACCGGCUGGACCUAUCGAGAUCCCAAUGGGGAAUGGUGAUCCUGUUGUGAUCGAUUCGGAUGGGCCUUGA